AAUUAAUGUAAUAGCGCACUUUAGACGGGGCUUUCUACACAACCACUGGUCGUCGUGCUCACCCGUCAUUAUUAAAAAUGGCAACUCUUGCGCUUAGAACUACGAACAAGCCAGCUCACAGCAAGAAGCCACCUAUCACCAUGGAUCCUGAUUCUUACGUUAAAAACAAUGGCUAUCAGCGGAAAUUAAAUCUCCAGGUUCUGGAAUUAAUGCGAGGCUCGUUUACAGAAGAGACCAAGGAGCAACAGUUCCUCGACCUGGGUUGCGGCACCGGAGACUUCACCCGCGACUAUCUUCUCCCUCUCUGGCCAGACGUCGGGAGGAUUGUGGCGGUCGACGUGUCCCAGGACAUGGUGGAACACGCCAAGAGGAAGUUUGCCCACCCGAAGAUCUGCUACGAUGUCUUGGAUAUUGGAGGGAGCGGGGUGACCGACUUUGUCGGGCGAUAUGGUCAGUUCGAUCGUGUCUAUUCCUUCUUUUGCCUACACUGGAUCAGGAAUCAAGAAAGGGCUUUCAAGAACAUCGCCGACUUGAUGAGACCAGGUGGUGAAUGUCUGCUUUACUUCCUUGCGUCCGUAAGCUUUAUGCGCUUGGGAAAGAAACUCUUAACUUUGGAUCGCUGGCAAAAAUACCGAACGGUGCUCCCGACGCAUUCUCCAACCCUGGAUUUGACGGACCGGGAUGCCCGUCUGUCUUACAUAUCUGGUCUUCUGAAGAACGCCAAUCUGAUCCCAACUACGUGUGAGGUGCUGGAAGAAGAUCGCAAGUGGUCCAGCGUAGAGCAAUAUACAAGAGUGCAUAUGGGACUGAUUAGACUAUCCAACCUUGUGACAGAAGAAGAGAAACCUCUCCUCCUCAAGGACGUCGCCGAGGAAGGAGCCAAGUUGUUCGCCGAGAAAGAGGCCGGUGGUUCACCGUUCCGCAACUCCCAGUUCCUGGUGCGCGCCCACAAACCUCGACACUAAGCUUGGCGCGCCCCUCUCCCCUACGUUGCAACGACGCACAGUACUGACAUCACAUAUUGAUCUGCACGCCCCAACCCAAUAUAAUGAGAUGCAGCUUAACAAAGCCAGUGAAAGAAGUAGCGACGCGUUUUCAGAAAAAUAAAGAGUUAAGCGUGAAACACAAUAUUUGAUUGGACCACGCUGCUAAGGAUUUAACAAUAAACGGCUCAGGGACAGGG